AUGAAAUUAAUUUGUUUCAUUGUUUUAUUUACUGUUGUUUUAUCAAAGGAACAAUUAGUUAUUGAAACAGUCAAAGGAGUUAAUGGAGAAGCAGCAUUCUUUAUUGGAGUAGAAUUUAAUAAAUAUAUGUGUGAUGAUGAUACACUUGUUUGUAAUGGAGAAAUUAAAUCAUUACCAAAUUAUAUUGAAUUUGAAUGA